ACCAUCAUCAUCCUCCCCGUUCUAGUCCUCCGCUCUCGCUCUCGCUCUCUCUCUCUCACACACACACACACGUUCAUCCUGUCCAUCAUCUACAGCUGGUAUCAGCCGACUGUCUGUCUGUUUUGUCGUUCUCCUGCUGCUCCUGCUGUUGCUCCUGCUGCUGCUGCUGCUGAUGAGAGAAACAAGACACUUGUGCUGCAUUGGCAUCAUCACCACAGCGCAGAGCCUUUCUGGUGACUGCGCGUCCCUCUCCUCCCUCUCCUCCUCCGCCUCUCAUUCUGCUGUUUUCUGCUGGUGACAGCCAUCAUGGCGAAAACAGUGUCACCAUCCACUGCACUUGCAGGUGAAAAAAUGGCACCACCAUCCAUCACUCUACUUCCUGAAAAGAAUUCUCCGACAAACGGUCACUGCUCUCCGGCCCGAACUGGAAAAACUACUCCAUCCAACACCGAGAAAAAGCCGCACAUAAACGGACACGCAUCUCCGUCACACUUGGCAGCAAACCAUGCAGGUAAACAAAUCGUGGAAGGCUACAUGAAGACGGACGACAGGAUGCGAUUAGCCAAAGAGCGACGUGAGGAGAGGGAGAGAAGCCUGGCGGCCAGAGACCAGCUGAUCAGGGAGAAGGAGCGCCGAGCUCGGCUGCAGUACGAGCGCACAGUGGAGGAACGCUGGAGGCGCCUGGAGGAGCAGAGGCAGAAAGAGGAGCUACGCAGAGCUGCAGUGGAGGAGAAGAGGAGGCAGCAGCUGGAGGAGGAGAGGGAGCGAUUGGAGGCCUUGAUGAAACGCUCUCUUGAGCGGAAUCUUCUGCUAGAGCAGAGGACCAAGCGCUGGAACAAGGGCUGCCCGACUGGCGCAGGUGACAGUGAGAAUGCCCCACUCCCUUUCUCUGCUGCCUCCGCCUUUUUCCAUGGCAUUGCCUCCCCCCUUCCUGCUGUCAGCGAAUCUGCGCCCUGCAGUCCUCACAGAUCCCCUUUCUGCAGCUCGCUGAACCCUGUAGAUCACAACAGAGCUGGACUUCAGGGAGGCUCUCAGUCCACUCCCAAUACACCCAAGAAAGAGCGGCUGCGCAGAGAGAGAAGAACUGCAUCACCAGGUUACGCAUCACCUGUGAGAAGAUCGGAAUCCCCUGCAAGUGUCACCAAGCACUUGGCUUCACCCUCUACCUCCAAGCUGACAUCGAAGAUGCGUGGCCAGUCUCCGACUAACAACGCACAUCAGUACAACUGCUCCCCGACAAGACACCGUCCAAACACGUCAACGGAGGACAAGAAUGCAGAACACAAGAAGGUGGAAAAACACAGUGAACUGUUGACAGCUGAGCCCGCACUGAAGAAGAAUACCAACAUCAACAGCACCAAUCCACCGUCACAGGUCAAUGGUGAAAUCGCUAAAAUAAGAUCAUCCAAGGAUGAAGCUCCUGAAAGGUGCCUCAGCGCCAACGCACCUGACAACCAUCAGUCCCCGGACAGAAAGGACCACGUGUCCCCCAAAGUGGAUUCUUCUGAGAAGAAGACACAGAGCGCUGCUCAGGAUGGAGACAAGAAACGAGACUCAGCACCGUGUACAGGGAAAAUGGCAGCUGGCACAACAAAUGCAGAGGAGGCCACCAGGUUGCUGGCAGAGCGCAGACGUCAGGCUCGAGCUCAGAAAGAACUGGAAGACAAAAAACGCGAACAAGAGGAAGAAGAGAGACUAAAGAAAGAGCAGCUACAGAAGCAACUUGCACAUGAUCAGCUACAGCAAGGAGUGAAAAAUCAACAAGUGAAGGAGAAGGUGGAGCAUGAGGAAGAUCUCUCCAGGCCAAAAGAACAUGAAGACAAACACAAGCAGGAAGAGGAGGAGAAUGAGAGACAUAUUCAAAUGAACCAAGGGAGAGAAAAAGCCAAAGUCCAGGCUCAGGAGGACGCCGAGCGUCAGCGGCAAGACAGAGAACAGCAGGCGCAACAAGAAGAGGAAAAGCGGCAACUAAGAAAAAAGAGAAUUGAGGAGAUCAUGAAGAGAACUAGGAAGGGUGAAGCUGACUUGAAGAAGGAGGAAGAGGCGGAGACUAAGUCGGUCUCGCCACCAGAGGUCGCUCAGGCGAAUGAGCAAACCUACAAAAAAGUUGCAUUUCAGGUUAAAGAGGCAGUCGCCACAGUCCAGGUCAACAUAAAGGAAGGUGGUGUCAUAAAGAAGGAAACGAUUGUAGCAACAGCACAGACUGACAAUCAGAAGAGUGUGCAAGUCAAAAACUGCACUCAUCAAGUGAUGGCAGCACCCGGUGUUCCCGAGAAGAGGCCAGGCACCAAACAAUCCACUGAAGAGUUUGCCAGUCAGCACAGCCAAGAGAGCAAGACCCGUGCUGUCAAACACCAGGGAAGAGAAGUGGAAAUCAAUUUAAACAAGCAGCACGUAGAACACGUCAAAGCCACAAACCAAAUAAAUGAAGAGCCAACGAGGCUGAAGGCAGAUGCCAGGGCCAACCAAACGCAGGGCGGUAUGAUGAAUGGAGCGGUGAAAGGUAAAGGAAGUGGUCGUCUAACUGCUGAGGGACGCAAACAUCAAAGCCUGCACGUGUCACUGGUGGAGAGAAAUGAUAAAGGAGGCUCCAGAGUGGAGGUUGUUAGACACUCAAUGACACCGCUGCCAGUGGGACACCUGUCGGCACCAAUAAUACGGCAACCGCCACUGGAUGUGAAGGGGACAUGUGACGAGGUGCAGGCCAUGGAGAUCAGCCCGGCGUCAAAGGAAGAGUUGGUUUCAAUCCCAGAGUUCUCACCCGUGAAUGAACUCCAGCACGGUGGCCUCAGUAACACACGUGCUCUCGAAGAUCUGAUGGACCUGACAGGCAGUGUCUCACACCUGAAACUGUCCUCUGAAGGCAACAUAGGCGACUGCAACAAAAACCUCAUUGAGGGUGUGGUUAGUCCCAUGUCAGACUCGAAGCACAUUGGAAUAUCCCCUUCAUCCUCAAAUAAACUUAGCAUCCAGUAGUCCACUUAAUCUCACUCUCACACCUCCCGUCGCUUAUCCUCUCAUCAGGUGUCACAUUUUUGAGCAUGUGCCCCUGUGUUGACACACAUUUAUGGAAAUAGAGCCAUAGAUUUGACUAAUAAAAAGCUAUAAAACUACGACUUCGAAUAACAAUAUAACAGCAGUAUUUUAAUCUCAUAAAUAACCAUUGCAAUUGAAUGUUGAGUUUGCAGGAUUAACACACGUGGAGUGAAGUGAUGGAAGAAGCAAGGGUUUGUCUGAAUAUAUCAAAUAAUCCUAAAAGUGCACAUAUCAGGGGUUUGAUUACAAACAUUUAGAGGAUUAGUGUUUAGAGAACAUGGUAUGAAUCUUCAUAUCUCAAUCUCCAUGCACAGAUGCCUCACAUUUCAGAUUCUCAACAUAUAAAGCCUGCUCAGAGCAUCAAUGACUGCAUUUGUAGCGCUGCCUUUUCACACGUGCUCUUAAGUCUUUAAUGCAUUUCACUGUGAAGAAGCGGAGGAGGCGUGACCUGACCUGAUCUGAUUUAUAUGACAGUCUUGUCUUUCCAUGUAAUGUUACUCAAGCAUGUGCUGAGGACUCAGCUGAAAUUGAAUGGCUCUAAAUCAAAAGUCUGUAUUCGAGUGUGAGAGAUGAGUCCAAAGCUGGCAUCAUUAAUGUGAUUGCAUAUUCAAAUAAAUCAUGACAUAGACAUAAAUUAAAUGAUAAUACAUUACUCCAUGUUUGUUUUGGACUAAUCCCUGACUUUGACUUUGCAAAUAUGCAGUUUUCAUAUGGCAUGUCAGCCUUUCUUCCAUAAUUCCACUGAAUAAGUAAGUUAAAUUAUGUAAAUAGUAAUACAGUAGCUCAGCAACUCAGCAAGUUGUAUAAAGCAUUUUCUGUACUAAUUGCCACUGUGCUAAUGGAUGUGUAAUCCUACGAGACAUACAGUAACUUAGAUUUAUAUCAACAGAUAUCUGGGAAUAAGUGCACUGAGAUAAGGGUGUUCAUUUAACAAUCUACCGAACUGUGUUUCUCUUUAUCACAUGUAGCUUUAAUUAUGUGUAAGUUUCUUCUCUUCAUGGUGCAUGUAGUUUCCAGGGUCACACAUUGGUGUAGUGGCUAGCACUGUUGCCUUGCAGCAGAAAAGACCCAGGUUUCUGCAUGGGGUUUGCAUGUUCUCCCACAGUCCAAAAACAUGCAGAGGACAAUUGAACACUCUAAAUUGCCCGUAGUUGUGAAUGUGAGAGUGAGUGGUUGUUUGUGUUGACCCUGUGAUGGACUGGCGACCUGUGCAGUAUGUAACCCGCCUUUCACCCUGUGUCCGCUGGGAUUGGCUCCAGCGACCCUCAUGUGGAGGACGGACAAAGCGGUAGACAAUGAAUGAAUGUAGCUUCCAUUAAAAAGCCUUAUGGGAGACUGAAUCAUGCUUAUCUUUUCUUGUUUUGCACAGAAAUUGUGAUAUGUGAUCUGUAAUACUUGAAUUUUGCAUCAUUUCCACCAUAGUUUGUACUUAUGUUUGUAUAUACAGAGUCAAAUAUGAUUUAUGUUUCUCAGAUUCAUUGCAUCGCUUCAUAAAACUUCCUCAGUGUACAGAAAGUAGCCGUAGUAGCCAUAUAUAUCAUAUUUACUAAUUAGAAUUCGCUGGAUAUCUUUGUGUUUAGAAAGCGCAAGUGAGUGCAAAGUAAUGAUGCACAUAACCAAAGUGAUAAUCUGCUCAUAUUCAUAUGUUCAAUCUCAGAUAGAUUAACCUUUUAAGUGAUUAAAUCAUUUAUGUAUACAGUGUGCAUGGUUCGCAUGGUCAUGAUAAAGAUAUCUGAAACAAUAAAAAAAUGAAGAUUUGA